AUGGGAGAUAUCAAAAUCGACAAGAAACUGUUCGAGGAACGUCUGUCGCACUUUAUAUCCGCGUGGAAGGCGGACAAACGGGCGGGUGACGCGCUCUUCAAUGGCGUCUCUUCGAUCUUGGUGGUGAUGGGCAAGACCGACGAGAGCGCACAGUUCCAGAAGAAUAAUGCGUUACACUUCUGGCUGCUUGGCUACGAGUUCCCAGCUACCCUCCUCCUUUUCACCCUAGAAGGCCUGUACGUCGUCACAACAGGAAAGAAAGCUAAGCAUUUGGAUUCUUUGAAGGGUGGAAAGAUACCGCUGCAUCUUCUGCUCCGGGGCAAGGAUUCGGAGCAAAAUGAGAAGAUUUUCGCCGAUAUCAAUGGCCACAUCAAGGCAGCAGGCAAAAAAGUUGGCGUCAUAAUGAAGGAUACCUCCGCCGGACCUUUCGUUGACGAGUGGAAAAAGGCAUACGCCAACAUCGCCAAAGAUGUGGAAGAGGUGGACAUAUCCCCUGCCUUGUCAGCUGGCGCAAUGGCUGUGAAGGAUGAGAAUGAGCUGCGUGCUAUGCGCAAUUCUUCGAAGGCAUGCAUCGCCCUAAUGAACCCAUAUUUUGUAGAGGAAAUGUCAAAUAUCUUGGACGAGGAGAAGAAAGUCAAGCACAGCGUUCUGGCAAACAAGGUGGACAGCCAACUCGACAAUGCAAAGUUCUGGAAGACAGUCGAGCUCCCGAAUAAGCAAAAAUUGCCCUCGGACUUCGAUCCUGGUCAACUGGACUGGACACAUGGCCCGAUCAUCCAAAGUGGUGGGAAGUUCGAUCUCAAGAUGAGCGCCCAAAUCGACGACGAACUUUUACACGCCGGAGUAAUUAUUGCCUCAUUCGGUCUUCGAUACAAAACGUACUGCUCGAUCAUUGCGCGCACAUACCUGGUUGACCCGAACAAGUCACAGGAGAGUAACUACAAGUUGCUACUUCAAGUGCAUAGUCUUGUAAUGAAGGAAAUCCGGGAUGGUGCCCAUACGAAGGAUAUUUAUGCGAAGGCUCUAGGCCUGGUCAAGGCCAAGAAGCCGGAACUCGAAAAGCAUUUCACAAAGAACGUCGGAGCUGGAAUCGGCAUCGAAACCAGAGAUUCAUCUCUGAUCCUCAGCGCCAAAAACCACAGAACUUUGAAGGACGGAAUGACCCUCUGCAUCACAACGGGAUUCAACGAUAUUGAGAAUCCAAACCCGCAGGACAAGAAGAGUAAGACAUACUCUAUGAUUCUUUCCGAUACUGUACGUGUAUCAGUUUCCGAACCUGUUGUGUUUACUGGCGAUGCGCCUUCGGACCUGGAUGCGACAUCUUUCUUCUUCAAGGAUGACGAAGAGCCUGCGCCAACUCCGAAGAAGUCUCAAAAGAAGGACUCCGCGGUUGGAGCGGUAGCUGCCAAAAACAUCACCAAGACGAAGUUGCGUGCAGAGCGAACUACCCAGGCGGACGAAGGUGCUGAGGCCCGACGGAGAGAGCACCAGAAGGAACUGUCGAGGAAGAAGCAAGAGGAAGGUCUGAAACGUUUCGCCGAGGCGACUGGCGACUCCAAUGCGCAAUCGGUAAAGAAGUUUAAACGUUUCGAGUCGUACAAGCGAGACAACCAAUUCCCUGCUCGAGCGCGAGAUCUGGCAAUUCUCGUGGAUCAGAAGAACGCGACGGUGGUUCUCCCGAUCAUGGGUCGGCCAGUGCCUUUCCACAUCCAGACUAUCAAGAAUGCCAGCAAGAGCGACGAAGACAACCUGUCAUACUUGCGAAUCAAUUUCUUGUCGCCUGGUCAAGGUGUUGGCCGCAAGGAUGAUCAGCCCUUCGAGGACGCUUCUGCUCAUUUUGUACGGAGUGUGACCUUCAGAUCCACCGACGGAGACCAUCUGCAAGAUAUUGCAAAUCAGAUUGCCAACAUGAAGAAGGACGCUUCUAAGCGCGAGGCUGAAAAGAAGGAGAUGGAGGAUGUGGUUGAGCAGGACAAGCUAAUUGAAAUUAGAAAUCGUCGACCUGCUGUUAUGGACAACAUCUUUCUUCGUCCAGCAAUGGAUGGGAAGCGAGUUCCUGGAAAGGUCGAGAUCCACCAAAACGGUCUCCGAUAUCAAUCUCCUCUCAACACCCAACACCGCGUCGACAUUCUCUUCAGCAACGUCAAGCAUCUCUUCUUCCAACCCUGUCAGCAUGAGUUGAUUGUCAUCAUUCACGUCCACCUCAAGGACCCGAUUUUGAUUGGAAAGAAGAAAACCAAGGACGUUCAGUUCUACCGCGAAGCUACUGACAUCCAGUUUGACGAGACGGGAAACCGAAAGCGACGAUACAGAUACGGUGAUGAGGAAGAGUUCGAACAGGAACAAGAGGAACGAAGACGCCGUACCCAACUCGACCGAGACUUCAAGUCCUUCGCCGAGAAGAUAGCCGAGGCGGGCAAGAACGAGAACGUCGACGUCGACGUUCCCUUCCGCGAGCUCGGAUUCAACGGUGUCCCCUUUCGAUCCAGUGUCUUCUGCCAGCCGUCCACCGAUUGUCUGGUUCAACUCACCGAGCCACCUUUUAUGGUCAUCACGCUCGAGGACAUCGAAAUUGCCCAUCUGGAACGUGUGCAGUUUGGUCUCAAGAAUUUUGAUAUGGUUUUUGUCUUCAGGGAUUUCAACCGUGCCCCUUACCACAUCAACACCAUCCCGGUCGAGUCCCUCGAAAACGUCAAGGAAUGGCUCGACUCCGUCAACAUUCCGUUCUCCGAAGGACCUUUGAACUUGAACUGGCCGACAAUUAUGAAGACUGUCACAGCAGAUACACAUCAAUUUUUUGUCGAUGGUGGCUGGUCGUUCUUGCAAACCGAGUCGGAUGAUGAGGACGAAGAUCCGGAGAGCGAAGAGAGCGCGUUCGAGAUGAGCGAUGCUGAGUUGGCUGCCAGCGACGAGAGCAGCGACGAGGAAAGUGAUUUUGACAGCAAUGCCAGUGCCGACGCCAGCGAUGAGGGCAGUGAGGAUGACGAGGCGACGGAUGGGGAGGACUGGGAUGAGCUUGAGAAGAAGGCGAAGCGUAAGGAUAGAGAUGCGGGGAUGGAAGAGAGCGAGGAUGAUAAGCCGAAGAAGAAGAGGAAGCAUUAA